GGAACGGGGAUUCUUUCCAGCUUAUGAUGUUAGUGUUACUGUUGUGUUGUUUGUUGUUAUUGUUAAUGGGAAAUUCUGGGCAUAUGAUUGAUUGACAGUGAAGUUGUUUUUGUUUCGUACUGUUAUACUCAAAUUUAAAAGGUAAAUACUCCGCUUAAACACCAUUGUCUUUUUAUGUGUUUGUUUAAAAACAAUAUUGUUUUUGUAUAUCUUAUCAUCUCAUUACGCAAUCAUCAAAUGUUCUGCUAAAAUCAGUCAAGCAUAUUAUAAAGAUGGGUAAUGAAAAAAGAAAAUUGAGAUCAAGCUCAUCCCAGAACUCAGAGGCCAAAAAAAGCAAAUUGUCAAAACAGAGUGAAGAAAAACAACCAAGUAAAAUUAAAACUGGUUUUAAGAAAACCAGAGUAAAUGGACCAAAACUAAUUCCAAUACAAGGUACCUCAAAGUGUUGUGUAGAGCAAGAUGACUGUACUAUCCUUAAAGGCACAGGAAGACCACGUGUAAACCAUAUUCAGUUUUUGAAUCAAUUCCAAAGAGGUUUUGGCAAGUUAUCAGUUUUAGAACAGAUUGCUGAGCAAAUUUACACCCGAGACUUGAGAUGGUUUACAAUCUCGACACAAGUAUCUACUCCAGACUUACGUGUGACAGCAAUGCAGUGGCACCCCCACAUCCCCAAUCUCUUGGUCUCCGGAGGCAAAGCUGGUACACUGCAGCUUUACGAUACCAAAGACCUAAGCUUACUAAACGAGCCGAAGAGAUUUAUUGGGAUAGGACCAGGUUGUACAAUUGAAGCCGUACGAUUCAACACUAAAAGUUGUGGAACAGAAGUGUGCACUGCUAGUGUGGAUGGGACUGUCAGCACAUACAACUUUGAUAAGGAUCUACGAAGUAUAAAAGUGGAGUCUGAGUGUUCCUUCAGUGUAUGGUUCUGCUCAGUGGAUGUGCACUCCGACGGCAAGGCAGUAUACGCUGGAGAUAACAAGGGCAAACUGGCCAUCCACUACCUGGAUAGUGGAAAGACCAGCUAUGACCUCUCGAUUCACAAGGCCAAAAUUAAACACCUUGAGUUACAUCCCAGGAACCCAAAUGUGCUGGUGACAGCAUCAUUGGACAAGAAUGUCAAACUGUGGGAUAUCCGCAAGAUAGAUGGUAAAAACAGUUACUUUGAAUGUCUCAAACACUUGUCUGCUGUAUCAUCAGCUGCCUUCAGCCGAAGUGAUGGCUGCAGACUGCUGACUACUGACCUGCAUGACCAGUUACGAGUGUACAGAGCUCCCAGUUGGGUGUUAGAACAUGAGAUAUCUCAUCCUCACCGCUGCUUCCAACAUAUGACUGGUAUCACGGCAAGCUGGCAUCCGGCUGCAGACUUGUUUGUAAUCGGUCGGUACCCAGACCCCAAGUUUGACAACUACGAUCCAGAAAUGCGCUGUGUAGAUAUCUUCUCAGCAUCGACGGGUAAAGUGUGCUACGAACUGAUGGACUCCAGUAAACUGAUCACUAGUCUCACUCACUUCAAUUCUACUGGCUCCACGUUAGCUACAAGCUCAGGAAGAAAAAUAAAUCUUUGGCAGUACGGAAAAACGUAAGGAUGUAAACUAACGUAUGGCAUCUCAUAUUCUAUGAGUGUGGGAUGAAAGGAAAGAGAGUACAAAAAAGCCACAAAUCACAAAUGAAUGAAAUUCAUAAUGGGUAGAAAGAUCUUCUGCAACUGUUCUUCAAAGUUUAAAAUUGUAUAGAAAAUAUAUUUGUAUUGUAUUGUAUAUUAGUUUUAGGAUUUCUGGUUAAGUUUAAAAUGGUUUAUGUAAUCCUGACAAAAGCAGCUAAUUUAAUAAAUUUCAUCUAACAAUAGGAAGUGUAAAUAAAGAAUACGUUGUAUAUGUAAUGGUACAAACUAAACCGAAAUUUAUCUGUGCUCUACCAUAGUUUCAUAGUAAACUCUUAAUUAUCUGCUAUUGACCAGCGUGGAUACUACGGAUAAGGGAAUUUUCAUAGAUAAUACAUAAGAUUGUCAAUAGUAAGAGAAAAAUAAUAACCAACAGUGGCUACAUGCAUAAACUGUCUCAGUUUGUGUUUUUAUACAGGGUGUAACAAAAAGGUUGGGCAGGCUAUGCAUUUUCAGAUUUUAUGUUUGAUUCUAAGCUAAAAAUUAAGAAUAAGUUUCUUCCAAUUUUUGACU